CACAUUUCUUAUCAAACUCACCACCAAGAGAGUGUUAUGCAGUCUGCGGGGAAAUGGUGUCGCAGUCAAACCUCAUAACACUAAGAGGUAUUAUGAGUCCCUUUGACUUCUGCUUUUGGGAAUUUUUUAGUGCAUGUGAUUCCUGGAGUUGAUGUAAAACAGUUCACUUGUACAGUAAGUAGACAAUUUACUGGACCUUUGAAGAAGAAGCAUCAGUGGUUGUAUGAUUAACAGUUAGAGAACAGCAGUAUGAGUCACUGCCAACUUUUGCUUCUCUGUAUUUGUAGGAUUUGUGUGAUAACCAUUGAGUACACUUAUCUCCCGUGGUCUCACUAACUGAUUCCAGUAACGAAAUAUUAGAUAGAUAGAUACUUUAUUCAUCUCCAAAGAGAAAUUUGCAGUAUUAGUGCUGUUAUGAAUAUUCAGUAAGAAUUUAUUUUACCUUGCAAUCUGUUUCCAUAUCCUGUAAAUAUAAGUGCAGGAGACGUUUCCUUUGUUGAUUCCUCAAAUGACCUCUUUUGCUGAAAAGCAUUGAUUCUCUCUCAGAUUCCCACAUUUCAUAUUUGCUGUGGCAAUGCACGCAUCCCCAAGCAGCUGCCAGAAACCACCCACUCUGUCAUCCCUCUACUUUCUCUUUCUUUCAGUUUCAUUUAGCCCUGUUUAAAAGGCAGCUCAGAGGCAAAAAAUGAAAGAGCUCCUUGGACAGCAGUGGAAGAAAAUGUUGCACAUCCUGAUAUUAACUGGUUUGCUCUUUAAAGCCUCGUCCUCGCAGAUCACCGGUUAUGGUAAUUCGACAGGUGACUACGGCGGGGACGCGCACUACAGGUGCACGUUAGCCAACCCGACAGGUGUGCUCCAGGUCACAUGGCAGAGGCUCUUCAAGGAUGAAUCCAUUGAGAAUUUGGCGACCUAUAGCAAGCGGUUUGGGCAGCAAGUUAAUGAGCCGUAUCAGGGGAAAGUGAUCUUCACAGAAGCAUCUCUGAGCUCAACAUCCAUCACUCUGAAGAAUAUAACGUGGGAAGAUGACAGCUGUUACAUUUGCUCUUUCAAUGUGUAUCCUGACGGGUCCAAAAGGAAGCAGACUUGCCUCACAGUGCAGGGAAUAUCCCAGGUGAAAACAGGUGUGGAGGCUCUCAGCAGUGAACACGAGGACGAGGACGGCAAAGAGGUCGUGUUUAGCUGCUCUGCGACAGGUAAACCAGCUCCAACCAUUGAGUGGGUCUACUCACCUGGCGCCCUGCCCUUAAACCAACCGCAGACUGCUACAGUAUCCAACAGCGACCACACGUUUACCAGCAGCCGCAACAUCACUCUGGAAAUACCUCCGGGCUGGAGCGGACAUGUGGAUUGUGUGCUGAACAGUGGAAUGACGGGACAAAGGCGGGAGAGGAUCCCUUUUUUUUGGCAUGGCAAGGAGAAGGAAGAGGAGGGGAAGAGACUGUCUGCUUCAGGCGUCGCACUGGUCGUCAGUGCUGUCGUGUUUAUCCUCUUCAUCGCUGUCGCUGCUGCAAUGAAGCGUAAGAGGUUAAAGGGCAUCAGAAGACAUGAAGAUGUUUAAUGAGAAACCUGUGAAUAUUCAAGCAUGCAAGCAUUACAAAAAAAAACUUCAGCAAUGUAUCAGUGAAUUAAGCUAAGCUAAGAUUCUGUCCGUGAUCCAUCUUCCACAGGUCGUCUUCACAACACAGACACACUGUCUUGAGAGCUACCUGUCUAAUUUCAUUCAACCGAAACUUUAAAACUCAGCACUUUAACUUUCUUAGUGGAGCUUAAAGCAAGAGUUGCUUACAACUGUGAGGUGAAACGAGUAAAAGUUGACCAAGGGCAGGAUGGGUCACAUGUGGGACCUUUAAACAGUUAACUGCACUCUUAUUCAGAGUAACAGUGAAUGCAACGCAGGCGGAUAACCAGCAGAACAACUUGAUGUGUUCUGGCAACAAAAGGGAUUAGAAAACCAGGAAAUAGGCAGUGAUGUCACCUACAGGGGACUAUAGUGCCAUCUAGUGGACCAACAGAAAAGUGGUACAGCGUGUGUGGUCAAGGAAUGCAAAAGAAAGUUCAAUCUCGGCAUCCAUAAUGCUGCGUAUGAAUCAGAUAAUUAUUUAAUUCCAAAGUGAGGAUGCCGGCAAACAUGUGUGUCGAUAAAGUUCAAAUGACACAAAUUAUUGUAUUUUUGUGGUAACUUUUCUUACAGUUUGGCACUUUAAUGUUCAGUGAAUGUGUGUUAUAUGUCAUGUUAUUUAUUGUUCAAUGUACAUUCUACCUUACAUAUACAUUUACUGUAUGUUCAUUAAAUGUCCCUGGACCUUCUCCACAAGAUCUAAUGAUCUAAUCUUUUCGGUGAUAUGUUUUCAUUAAUUUAUUCUCCGAUCUUUUCUCAUGUAUUUAUUUAUUUUGUUUACUGAAUUAAAACGUGGC